AUGGACCUCGAUGCCGGUGACUCCCCAUGGGGUGAUGAGCCUUCGCGCUCUGUAACCAGCCCGACUACCUCCAAGCCCGAUAACUCUGAGAGCUCUCCCGCCCAGACCGCAACGUCAAUCAGCGGCGGCGAGGUCCGUACUCCGGGUCGUCGCGGCCCACGAGGAACACGCAAAAUCAGCGCACAAGCGACUCGUCUAGAAGCUGUCGAUGAUACCGUUGAUCCUCUUGGCCCGCUAGGAGAAGCUCCGUCCGAGACCAGCGCGACCCCCACCGAUGAGGCCCCGGCUCCUCCCCAGAAAGAAACCAUUGCUGGACGCAGCCCCCCCGCCACCGACGACUUUCCCUCCAGCAUUCGGUGGAACUGGUUUGUACAACCUCCUUCCGAGGCAGAGGGGCCGAAGCGCCAGACACAACCAAGCGUGAGCAUUGAACAGGCGGCGAAGCCGACAUUUGAUAUCAGCGUUGGGGACCCGCACAAGGUCGGAGAUCUGACAAGUAGCCACAUUGUUUAUCAAGUUCGGACAAAGACAUCUUCAAAGGGAUACCGCCAGCCCGAGUUCGCCGUCACACGCCGAUACCGUGAUUUCCUUUGGCUCUAUAACUCCUUGCACAACAGCAACCCUGGUGUGGUUGUUGCCCCUCCACCCGAGAAGCAAGCCGUGGGCCGAUUUGAUACAAACUUCGUCGAAUCACGCAGAGCCGCGCUGGAGCGGAUGCUGAACAAGAUUGCUGGUCACCCAAUUCUUCAGCAUGAUUCCGAUUUAAAGAUCUUCCUCGAGAGUGAGGCCUUCAACGUCGAUGUCAAGAACAAGGAGAACCGAGAGCCCGACCUUGGCCAAAGCAAGGGCAUGUUUAGCUCCUUCGGAAUUAAUGUCGGCGGAGGAGGCAAGUUUGUGGAACAUGACGACUGGUUCCAUGAUCGCAAAAUUUACCUGGACGCACUCGAGAAUCAAUUGAAAGCCCUGCUGAAAUCAAUGGAUACUGUGGUUAUGCAACGAAAGGGGCUUGCCGAAGCCGCAGGCGACUUCUCGAGCUCACUUCAUGCUCUCUCUGCCGUUGAGCUUUCUCCGGCCCUCUCCGCUCCCUUGGAAGGUCUGUCGGAUCUGCAGCUACGAAUCAGAGAACUAUAUGACCGCCAGGCUCAGCAGGAUGUCCUGACACUUGGAAUCACCAUUGAUGAGUAUAUUCGUCUCAUCGGCAGUGUGAAGACUGCCUUCUCCCAAAGACAGAAGGCUUUCCACAGCUGGCAUACCGCCGAGUCGGAUCUACAGAAGCGCAAGAAUACACAGGAUAAGCUUCUCCGACAGGGAAAGACGCAGCAGGAUCGUUUAAACCAAAUAAAUGCUGAUGUGGCCGAUGCGGAGCGAAAGGUUCACCAAACUCGAUUGUUAUUUGAGGAUAUGGGGCGCCUAAUGCGCAAUGAACUGCAACGAUUUGAAAAGGAGAAGGUGGAGGAUUUCAAAUCUGGCGUAGAAACAUUCCUUGAGAGUGCCGUGGAGGCUCAAAAGGAGUUAAUUGAGCUUUGGGAAACUUUCCUUUUGCAAUUGGAUGCUGGUGAAGACGGUAUCCCUUAUUAUGUCCCUCCUACAGAGGACGUGGCUGGUGAGACCGCUGCACUUGAGUCCCCCGCACCGAACACCGAAGCCUCACUUGGAGCUGAGGAUAACGCCUGA